AUGUCACUGGAACAUGCAUCCACCGUAAGGAUGGGACCCUUAAAGCUUCCUGACUGUCUUCGACAUAUGAUCUAUGACGAGGUUCUGGCACAAAAGAAAAAUCAAUACAUACAAUCACAUGACCGUCUCUCCUUACUACUAACAUGCCGUACCAUUCACUUUGACAUCGGAACGUUAUGGCCAAAAGCUCUUCUCGAAAAUCGAACCUUCACUUUUCCAACCAUGGAAUCUUUUCUCAAAUCCGCUGCUGUGUACACCACACAUGACAACCAAGUUCUGAUACGAUCAGUUCAUAUUCAAUUUUACGAAACCCUGAAUUCCGACCGUUAUCACAGUUCUCCUGAGCUACCUUUCGCGAGACAUAAAGCUAUACUUGAUGAAAUUCUGAAGCCGAAAUAUCACGGAAUCCGAGAAUGGAUCAUUGAUAUCUCAAAUCUAUUUUCUGGAUUAGGAACUAAUACCCGAAACAAAUGCUUUAUGCAACGCUUCGUCUCAUACUUUGUGAGAUACUGUCCAGCAGAACACUUGAAGUUGGUUUUCAAUACUUGCAAUGGUUCAAUUUUGAACUGUGCACAACCAAGGAAAGGAUUUACGUUGGAAAGCACCCUCGAUAGGGACUUGCUUGAUUUCGAGAUUAAGUGCGAACGAUAUUCGAAACAUUGCAACACUUGGGGUAACAGGACUAGUUCCACAAUGCUCGUUUCUCAUCGCCCAACUAUCGCUUCUCGCGUCCCGAAUCCAGAUGUGCCGUACCACACCUACUAUAAUGAUAACCCUAAAGAUCCAUGGCGGGAGAUAAAGGCUACUGUGCGGGAAAAGAUAACUCACGGUGCAAGAUGGAGAUUGGAGACAUGGAAACGGGAGAUAGAUACGAAGUUGGAUGCUAUUGAUAUGGCUAAUGCGUCUUUAAUUUUACCGCACAGGAUUCAGCCAAAAAUACCAAUUGGACAUGUAUUGAAAGGGCACCUGAGUACUUUGAUGGAGCGGAUGGAGCGGAUGAUUUGA